AUGUUCAGAAACAAUUACGACAACGAUGCCGUCACCUUCUCCCCACAAGGCCGUAUCUUCCAGGUAGAAUAUGCACAGGAAGCAGUGAAGCAAGGAUCCGUCGUUGUGGGAUUGGUGAGCAAGACACAUGCCGUGCUGGUUGGACUCAAGCGCAACGCAGAAGAGCUCUCCUCGUACCAGAAGAAGAUCAUCGAGAUCGAUUCGCACAUGGCGAUCGCCAUCGCCGGCCUGGCAUCAGACGCCCGCGUCCUCUCAAACUUCAUGAAGCAGCAGUCCCUCGGAUCGAAGAUGACCUACGGCCGACCUAUUCCCCUGGACCGAAUUGUCGCUCAGAUCGGUGACCGCGCGCAGACCAACACCCAGCACUACGGGAAACGGCCAUACGGUGUAGGACUCCUGGUGGCCGGUGUUGACGAGGCUGGACCGCACUUGUUUGAAUUCCAGCCCUCGGGUCUGACCCACGAGAUGGUUGCUUGUGCUAUUGGUGCGCGCUCGCAGAUGGCGCGUACGUAUCUGGAGAGGAACUUGGACAAGUUUGCGGAUUGCAGUCGUGAUGAGCUUGUUCAGCACGGUUUGCGUGCUCUUAAGGAGACUUUGUCUCAGGAUAAGGAGCUUACGGUGGAUAACACUUCCGUUGGUGUUGUGGGUAUCACAAAUGGCAAGAAGGAGAGCUUCAAGCUGUACGAGGGUCAGGACACGGCUGCGCUGCUUGAGGUGCUCGAGCAGUCCGAGCAAGGUGGGGAGGGCGAGUCCAUGGAGGUUGAUUCAUAA